AUGUCAUUGCGAAAAUUUUUGGUCAAUCGAUAUAAAAAUAGAAAGUUUCGUCUCAACGGUAUUUUUCCUUCGACUCAUUUACCGAGUAAACAAUGGCUAUGUCAAGCACUUUCAGAUCAUCUUAUUUAUGAUGCUAAUCAGUUACCUCCUAAGGUUGAUCUUCGACAAGAUAUGACGCCGGUUGAAGAUCAAUCAAGAAUCGGUAGUUGUACGGCCAACUGUCUUGCUGGAGCAUAUGAAUACUUGACAAAGAAAAAGAAUGGUCACAAUACUGAUGUUAGUCGUUUAUUUAUCUAUUAUAAUGGUCGUGUCAAAAGUGGCAACAGUUACAAUGUGACAGAUUCAGGAUGUUCAAUGACAAAUAUCAUUGAAGCACUGGAAGAAUUCGGUAUCUGUCUCGAGUCAAUUUGGCCAUACAAUAUUACAAACAUAAAUACGCGUCCAAGUGACGAGGCAUAUACGACAGCAAAAGAUCAUAAGAUUACUGAAGCUUUUCAAGUCAAAAUUGAUCUAUACGAAAUGAAAUCAUGUUUAGCACAAGGUUUUCCAUUUGCAUUUGGUUUAAAACUCUUUGCAUCAUUUGAUCAAGCAACUAACAUUGGUGUUGUACCUAUGCCGAGUGCGUUCGAUCGUAGUCGACAAUCACAUGGAAAUCAUGCUCUACUAGCCGUCGGCUAUAGUGAUCGAUCACAAGCAUUUAUUGUUCGAAAUUCAUGGGGAGAAGAUUGGGGAGAUAAAGGAUAUUGUUAUAUUCCAUACGAUUACAUAACCAAUACUGAGUACUGUUUCGAUGUUUGGACAGUUCGAAAAGUGGCAAUUGAUGAUUUCGGUCAAGAUCAUUGGGAUCAAGAUGAUUCCAUUGAUUAUCAACAAAAUUUUAAUCCUGAUAAUGAUAAUGAUGAUGGCAAUAAUCGUACAAUCGAAGAUUUGGAUAAUGAUGACGAUGGUGAUGAUGAUAACGGAGACAAUGCAUACUUUGGCAACCAAACAAACAAUGAUCAAGAUGAUGAACAUUGGAAUACAACUGACACUGGUCAACGUUUCUUCAAUUUUGGCUAUUAG